AUGAAGUCUUCAAAAAAAAGAAAAAUUUCGGAAGAACGUGAACAUAGUGAUACUAGAGAUACGAAAACAGAAAAUUCAUCUAUAAUAAUUAAUGACAAGGACAGCAGUUUUAUUGAAACUUCAAUCAGCUCUACUUCAAAGUCCUCUUCUAAUUUCUUCAGUGAUUUUAAAUUUGUUGAUCUUCCGAUAUGUGACCCUAUAAAAAAUGCUAUAACUGAAAAUUUGAAGCUGGAAACACUAACAGCGAUACAAGCAAAAUCAAUUCCAUAUAUACUUAAAAAUAAAGAUAUUUUAGGUUCAGCAAAAACGGGCUCAGGAAAAACAUUAAGUUUUUUGAUACCAGCUUUAGAUCUUAUGUAUAAAGUAAAAUUUUUGCCCAGAAACGGCACUGGUUGUCUUGUUAUCACGCCAACAAGAGAGUUAGCUUUACAAAUCUAUGAUGUUGCUGUAGAGCUUAGUGCUUUCUUACCUCAAACACAUGGCUUAAUCAUGGGAGGUGUUAAUAGAAAGCAAGAAGCACAAAAAUUACAAAAAGGAGUUAAUUUAUUAAUUGCUACUCCAGGCCGGUUACUUGAUCAUUUGCAAACAGCAGCUGGGUUUAUAUACAGAAAUUUACUGAUGCUUAUUAUUGAUGAAGCUGAUCGUAUAUUAGAAAUUGGUUUUGAAGAAGAUAUGACUGCAAUUUUGAAGCUAUUACCAGCUAAAAGACAAACUUUGUUAUUUUCUGCUACACAGACGUCUAAAGUUUCUGAUUUAGCACGUUUAUCCCUCAAUUCUCCCGUAUUAGUAGAAGUUAAGAAUGAAGUGGCUACUGUUGAAGGAUUAGAACAAGGUUAUGUAAUCUGUGCAGCAAAAGACAGAUUUCAAUUAUUGUUUACAUUUCUUAGAAAAAAUCGAACGAAAAAAAUUAUGGUAUUUUUCAGUAGCUGUAUGUCAGUGAAGUUUCAUAAUGAAUUAUUCAAUUACAUUGAUUUACCUAAUUUAUGCAUUCAUGGUAAAAAAAAACAAGCCGCCCGAAUGAGUACAUACUACGAGUUUUGUCAGCAAGAGUCUGGAAUAUUACUUUGCACAGAUGUUGCCGCUAGAGGAUUAGAUAUUCCCAAUGUCGAUUGGAUUGUUCAAUAUGAUCCUCCAGAUGACCCCAAAGAAUAUAUUCAUCGUGUAGGAAGAACAGCUCGUGGAGCAAAUGGCAAAGGUCAAGGUCUUCUUUUUCUAAUGCCCGAAGAAAUUCUAUUUUUACAGUUUCUUAAACAAGCAAAUAUACCUCUAACUGAAUACACAUUUGAUAUAAAAAGGUUUUCUGGCAUAAAAGAUCAACUUGAAAAAUUGAUUGAAAAAAAUUACCAUCUUCACAGAGGAUCUAGAGAAGCUUAUCGUAGUUACUUACAUGCCUACAUCUCUCAUGGAUUAAAAGAUAUUUUUAAUGUUCACCAUUUAGAUCUAAACCACGUCGCUGCAUCCUUUGGAUUUGCAAACCCUCCAAAAAUAGAGUUAAAUUUGCGAACCGUUUCUUCAAAUAGAAACAAUACGAUGAAAAAACAUAAAAGGUAUCAAACGUCUGGUUUGAAAUUUUCGGCGAAUAAUCCUCAUCGAAUCCGACAGGAAAAUAAUAACCGACAAUUUUGUUAUUAAAAUAUAUUUUACAUGGAAAAUUACUGUAAUCUAUGCUAACGUUUGAAAGAAAAUUGAGAUACAUGGUUAAAGAAACGUUAUACAUAAAAAACUCCAAAAAAACUCAUCUAAGACCCUGGUUUAAAAACAUGGUAUACAGAGUAUCUGAACUCUAUCCAAAAAACAAAGUUUCUAAACAACUUUAUUAAAUACAAUUUUUUCUUUCUUUCAAAAUAAAUCAUUUACAAAGUUUCUUGUUUAA